GUUAUAUUGCGUUGCCAUGGAAACGCACGAAACAAAACAAUCAUAUUAAAUUAGAAAUGUAAUAAAAAGUUAAAAACAUAAAAUUACAAAAAAAUUGUAUAACUUAAAAUGUUUAUUUAUCUCAGCAAGAAGAUAGCCAUUCCAAAUAACACUAAAGUAAAUUGCUUAGCAUGGAAAAGGGAUCACGGGUACAUAGCUGUAGGAGGCGAAGAUGGACUAUUGAAAGUUUUAAAACUUGAUCCAGUUGGCAGCAGCGAGAAUACUGGUAGAACUGCAGGACUGGCAGCCCCCACAAAUUUAUCUAUGAACCAAGCUCUCGAAGGCCAUUCAGGGUCUAUCCAAGUAGCAGUCUGGAAUGAGAUACAUCAAAAAUUGACUACCAGCGAUAAAUUUGGAGUCAUCAUAGUUUGGAUGUUAUACAAGGGUUCCUGGUAUGAGGAAAUGAUUAAUAAUCGAAAUAAAUCAACCGUGACUGGAAUGGCAUGGAACACUGAAGGCCAGAAAAUUUGUAUAGUUUAUGAAGAUGGUUGUAUCAUAUUAGGAUCUGUUGAUGGUAAUCGUAUAUGGGGAAAAGAAAUUAAAGGAGUAGUGUUAACAGGCGUUCAAUGGUCUCCAGAUGGAAAAUUAUUAUUAUUCAGUUGUAGAAGUGGAGAAUUACAUUUAUAUGAUAAUCAAGGACUUUUUGCUAGAAAACUGAAUGUAUAUUGCACACAAAUAACUGCUACAAGGACAUUAAAAGUUACAGGAUUACAAUGGUAUAGUGGUUCUAAAAGGAAAGGGCAACCAGUACUAGUAGUGUGUUAUCAAAAUGGAAGAAUGCAAUUGAUGCAAGAUGAGAAUGAUGAUGAUCCUGUGAUAGUUCAUAUGGAAAUGGAGACAAUUGAUUGUCGUUGGAAUCACAAUGGCACAAUAUUAGCAGUAGUUGGAAUGUUAACAGAAGGAGAAAAAGAAGUAAAUGUAGUUCAAUUUUAUUCUUCAUAUGGAGAGCAUUUACGAACAUUAAAAGUUCCCGGUAAAGAAAUAAGUGCAUGCACUUGGGAAAAUGGUUCAUUAAGAAUUGCUCUGGCAGUUGAUUCAUUUAUUUAUUUUGCAAAUAUAAGACCAAACUAUUCUUGGACAUAUUUUAUGAAAACAAUUGUAUUCGUGAAUGAAUUUCCUCGGGAUAAGGAGGACACUACUGUUACAUUUUGGGACACAGCCAGUCAACAAUGUUACAGUAAAAAUGUUCACAGUUUAAUUGCGAUUUCGAGCUGCAAGGAUCUCUGUGUCAUGGCUGUAAAAAUCGAUCCCUUUAUACCAGAUGAAGAGGAAGAUUCAGCUGAUCACAUGUCCUUUGCUAAUGAGCAAUAUAGCUUGCUUGUUUGUAAUUCUAUAGCCACACUUAUUGAUGCUAAAAGUACAGAUUUAGAAGUCACAUGCGUAGCUAUAAAUUCAAAUCUAGUUGUUGCCUCGUCAAUGGAGCAAUUUCUUGUGUGGCAGUACAAAACAUCUAAAGGGUCUUUGCGUGUCACAAAUAAACGCACAGAUCAUGUGUAUCAUAUUGACGACAUUCCCAGUGGUAUGGCUAAUCUUUUGCAAGAUAAUGAUCAGCAUUUUGCUUCUGGAAUAAAGCCACCUUCGACAAGUGAUUUCAUCUGCUGUCUCGCUAUGAGUGAAGAUAUUCUCAUCAUAGGUAGAGAAUCAGGAUUGUUGCAAAGAUAUUCGGUGCCAAACAUAACAUUAACUCAUCGGUAUAAGCGGCAAGUCAGAACACAUUCGAUAUUGAUCAAUUGCAAUUCGAGCCGUGCCGCUAUAAUUGAUAUUACUGGAGUACUCACGCUCUUAGUAUUAGAACCUGAUGAUGUAGUGGUAAAUAAAUCAUUAUCAGAUAAUAUUGCUAUGGGCCAAGAAUUCUUGAAUAAUACGAAUUCUCAAGCCAAUUUAGAGCGUAAAGAUGUUUGGGCAAUGUGCUGGGCUUCAGAUAAUCCUAACUUUUUAGCGAUAAUGGAAAAAACGAGGAUGUACGUAAUAAAAGGAAAUGAUCCAGAAGAACCAAUUCUUUGCUCUGGUUAUAUAUGUAGUUUUGAGGAUUUGGAAAUACGUACUGUACUUUUGGAUGACGUAAUAUCUGGUGCAGUUGCGCCAAAUAAAGAUCAAAUCAUGGAUCUUGAAGUUAAGAGUUUACGUGACACACGGGAUUUGUUAUCUAAAGUCGGUUUGAAAGAAGCUGUACAGUUUGUAAAUGAUAACCCUCAUCCGAGAUUAUGGAGGCUUAUAGCCGAAACUGCACUUCAGUUAUCAGAGUUUGAGCAGGCUGAAGCUGCCUAUGUUCGAUGCACUGAUUUUGCAGGAAUUCAGCUUUGUAAACGACUUUCUAAUAUACAAAACGCAAAAUUGCGAGAUGCAGAAAUAGCUUCCCAUUUCAAAAACUAUGACGAAGCUGAGAAGUUGUAUUUAGACUGUGACCGAAGAGACUUAGCCAUAACGCUGCGCAAAACUUUAGGCGACUGGUUCCGAGUUUUGCAAUUAAUAAGAAUGGGCGUUGGAAGUUCUGAUUUAGAAUUGGAAAAGACAUUUAAUAGCAUAGGCGACUUCUUCUUAGAACGACAAAUUUGGGAUAGUGCAAAGGAAUAUUAUGAGAAAGCUCGAAAUUAUGAGCAGCUAAUAAAAUGUUGUAACUUGUUAGAAGAUUAUGAUACACUAGAAAACUUAAUAGAAAAAUUGCCGGAAAGAUCGCCGCAUUUAAGUACUAUAGCUGAAAUAUUCACUUCUGUAGGCCUGUGCAAUCAGUCUGUUGACGCUUAUGUUAAGUUUGGAGAUAUAAAUCUAGCAGUAGAGACUUGUGUUGGAUUAAAUCAAUGGGACCAAGCAAUAUCACUAGCCGAACGUUUUAAAAUGCCUGAUAUUGGAAGCUUAAUGGACAAAUAUUCAGAUCAUUUACUAAAGAAUGAUAAAAGUCACGAGGCUGUCGAAUUGUAUAGAAAGGCUAAUAGAUAUUUAGAUGCCGCUAGAAUUAUGUAUAAGAUAGCCAAGUCGGAAGCUGGAAAAUAUACUAAUUUAAUGAAAGUUAAGAAACUUUUCAUACUGGCGGCUAUGCUAAUUGAAGAUCAUUUAACAAUGAAUAUUCCGGAUGCCAAUGUUGCAGGUACUCGCGGAUUAGCAAUGUUAGACAUGAAUAAUUCAGUGGAUGGUGCCCUAAUGGAAGCUGUGUGGCAUGGAGCAGAAGGUUAUCACUUCAUGAUGCUCGCACAAAGACAACUACAUAACGGAUACAUUGAUAACGCCAUGAAAACAAGUUAUAGACUAAGGGAUUACGAAGAUGUUCUGAAUGUCGAGGCUUUGUACGGUAUACUAGCAUUAGCUAGCGCUUCGAACCGAGCAUUCGCUACGUGCUCGAAGGCCUUCAUUAAGCUGGAAUCUUUAACAAAGGUUCCAGAGUCAAGGAAACAAAUAUAUGAAGAUUUAGCCGUUGACAUUUUUUCUAUAAAUCCACCUAGAGAUUCUAGAACUACGAGAAUGGAAUGUAUUAAUUGUGAUACCCUUGUACCAGACUGGUGUACCUCAUGCCCAAACUGCGCACUGCGAUUUCCAGGCUGCAUAUCAACUGGCCGAUCCAUUCCUGAUACGUCAAAUGUGUGGCGUUGCGCAAGAUGCCAGAGAUGUUCGUUUCCCCAAGAAAUGACCACUAAACGAUGUUGUCCUCUAUGUCACUACCCAUUGCAUUUCUAA